AUGAAAGACCUCGAAGUCAAAAAUACAGAACACCAAAAACAUGAUCUAAAAAGAUUCAGCUUUGCUGUUUGGGUCCUUGUUCCUUUCCAUGCCAUGUCAAGACCCCCUCAUUCUUAUGGUCCACAAACACAGGAAAUAGAACUGCCUAUGUUUGUGGAACAUGGGAACGAAGUGGGUCAUUUUCUUCUUGGUUAUGUUCUUCUUAAAGCCCGGUCUCUGGAUGCGACUCCUUUUGAGCCUUUCGCCAUAACAGGUGCUGUUUAG